CUCAGCAGUUCUCUUACGGCGCUGCACUUGAAAGUUGGCGGGCACCUAGAUAGAGCGUGCUACUUCCAUUAUGGUCCAGUCAGGAAACAAGUCAAGAAGGACAGCUAGGAAGGGCGUUGCCACUCGUGAAUACACAAUUCAUCUGCACAAACGAAUUCAUGGCGUUGGAUUUAAAAGGCGGGCUCCAAGAGCUAUUAAAGAAAUUAAAAUGUUUGCGAAAAAGAUGAUGGGUACAGAAGAUGUCCGGAUUGGUGUGAGACUGAAUCAGUUUAUAUGGUCAAAAGGUGUGAGGAACGUUCCUUAUCGUGUCCGUGUAAGGCUUGCAAGGAAAGCCAACAAGGAUGCAGACAGUGUUCAUAAAUUCUAUACACUUGUGUCCUACGUCCCUUGUACUGACUUCAAAUUUAAGCAGAUCAUUAAUGUUGAAUCAGCUGAGUGAUUUGUCAAAUAAAUGAAUGGACUGGAA